UGAAGGAAACGACACUCCGCAUCGAAUAGUGAUAACUCGAAAGUUUAGAUCUGAGCAUCUUGAAAUUGACCAUUGAAAGCAUGUCCGCCAGCGUCGCUCUGUCCAAUGACCCAAACUGGUGGCGUCAGGCCAGCGUCUACCAGAUCUACCCUAGAUCGUUCGCAGAUGGUAAUGGCGAUGGAAUAGGUGACUUGAGGGGUAUCAUCAGUCGCAUUCCCUAUCUUCAGGAGCUCGGGGUGGACGCUAUAUGGCUCAGUCCGUUCUAUACGUCUCCACAGAAGGACGCCGGAUACGACGUUGCGGAUUACCGAGAUGUGGAUCCUCGAUUUGGCACGAUAGUAGACUUUGAGGAGAUGGUCUCGAAGUGCAGAUCAGUGGGUAUUCGAACUAUUGUUGAUUUGGUACCGAAUCAUUCGAGUGAAGAGCAUCCUUGGUUUCAGCAAGCUUUGAAAGCAGGUCGAGGGAGUGCUGAAAGGGCCAGAUAUCAUUUCAGAGAUGGACUACCUGAUGGAUCUCCACCAGCGGACUGGGACUGCAGUAUUGGAGGUUGUGCAUGGCAUCCAGCAGGGGAUGGUCAAUACUACUUUGGACUCUUCGGCCCAUUUCAACCUGAUCUCAACUGGGGUAACAACGAAGUCCGAGAAGAUUUCAUCCAGACGAUCAGGUUCUGGGCAGACAAAGGCGUAGCAGGCUUCAGAGUUGAUGUGGCACCCUGUCUUGAGAAGUAUCUCCCUGAGCAUCUACCGUCCAAUGAAGUGAUCUCAGCAGCUGCGAGACGCCUCAGGCAGAAUGGUUGCCCACCGGAUAUUCAUCCCUUCACAGAUCGAAAUGGGGUGUUUGAAAUAUACAAAAGCUGGAGAAAAGUGUUCAACGAGUACGAUCCGCCGCUCAUGGGCGUGGCGGAAGCUUGGGUAGCUCAAGAUAGGAUACCGUUGUACGCCGACGCGAACGGUUUGGGUCAAUCCUUCUCAUUCGACUUGCUGUUACGCGAAUUCGAUCGGGCACAGUAUAAGGAUGCGAUUGAGACGUCUCUCAAGAUGGCCAAACUCGCAGGAUCAUCUACCACCUGGGUCCUUUCCAAUCACGAUAUGAUACGUCAUGCUACUCGAUAUGGGUUCCCGAAGGUAUCUGGCGAAUGGACCAAUCCGACCCACUUUGACGAGCCUUGCGAGGAGUACUUGGGAUCAAGGGGAAACAUGCCAGGCUUUGAUCCAGUCCUAGGUCUGAAGAGAGCACGAGCUGCAAGCUUAUUCAUGUUGGGGCUACCGGGAUCCGCAUAUAUCUAUCAGGGCGAAGAACUGGGACUACCAGAGAUAGUGGACAUUGCGCCAGAGCACAGACAAUGUCCAGUCUUCAAGCAGACGAAAGGUAAACGCUUAGGUCGGGAUGGAUGUCGGGUGCCACUCCCUUGGGUUCAUUCCGAGCCGGGAUUUGGAUUUGGUGGGAAGCCUUGGAUCCCUCAACCUGAUCGUAUGGGAACCAUGUCCGUGGACUUGGAGGAGAAGGAUCCGAGAUCCACUUUAAGUCUCUACCGUCGGGCUCUGACCUUGAGAAGAGAGCUUCAAUCCCCUGAAGAAGAGCUCGAAUGGAUCGGAGAGAACUCCAGGACACUCCAUUAUUCUCGGUCCGAGAACUGGGAGGUCAUUGUGAAUUUUUCGGAAGUAGAGAUCGAUAUGCCACCGGGCAAAGUGUUGAUAACCUCGAGCGAUUGUCCGGAUGGGAGACUGGGUCCUACCACUACUGCUUGGCUCUCAAAGUCAGCAUCUUCUUAGCCUCGUGGCUUGCAUGCAUUGUCAGCACAUGAUG